CUAGUUUUUAUUUAUUUAUUUUAUUUUUAUCAUGCCAUCUUUAUUUCAAGUUACCACUCUGACUAUACCAUUACUCUCUUAUGCAUUAUAUCAAUAUGCUAAUAGUGGACCUUAUUUGAGCACCACUUGUGCUUUAUUUCGUUAUGGAUGUCCUACGGAUAUUCCUGUCCAUGGCUUUUAUGAUAAAGCAUACCAGGAAGCCUACGAUCUGUUUCUCGAAAACUUCAAGCAAGGACUUGAUAUCGGUGCUGGACUUUCAGUCUAUGUGGAUGGUGUCUCUGUGAUCAAUGUUCAGGCCGGUUGGCAAGAUAUCGAAAAUAAAAUUGAAUAUACAAAUAAGACAUUGCAAAUGGUGUUUUCAUGUACAAAAACCUUGAGUGCUAUUCUUAUUGCACAAUUAGUUGAGCAAAACCUCUUAUCCUAUGAUGAAAAGAUUUCAACCUAUUGGCCCGAGUUUGCUCAGGGCAAAAAGGAAAAUGUAACCGUAAUGGAUCUAAUGCGUCAUACAGCAGGUGUCGGGGCAUUAGAUUAUCCUAUCUCCCUUGCCAAUGUCACAGAUCCUGUUACUUUUGCCAACAUCUUGGCAAGUCAGCCUCACAACUUUGAUGGUGUGCCUACCCAUGCUUACCAUGCUAUCACUCAAGGAUGGUAUCAAAAUGAAAUUGUGCGCCGAGUCACUGGUGGAAAAACCUUGGAUGACCUUGCUCGUACACUCAAGGACAAGUAUGGCUCAGAAUGGUAUUUGAAACCUGAUGUAACAGAAGGUGUAGACACCAGUCGAAUUGCGCCCUUUUAUGAGCAACCUAUCCUACAUCAACUUGCUCCUUUUCUUCGGAUCUAUUUAAAUCCAUUCGCAGACAAAACGUUUAUUCGUAAUAUCUUUGACAAAGAUAGUUUGUUUACAAGAAGCCUCGUCCAUGCAAACAUUGAUCAACAACGUGGAGUCAUGAAUAACCGAGAUCCAAUUCGCCGAGCUAUUGAGGGUCCCUCUUAUUCUGGUCAUACGAAUGCAGAAUCUGUAAAUAAAACAUUAAUAUUGCCUGUGACACUUAUAUACGCCCGUAGAUAGCUAAAUUGGCAGCCAUGAUGGCUAACGAA